UCGAAGAAAGUCCUUCCGGUCCGUGAUUCCGGAGAACAUUGGUCCUGGGAAGUGAUUUCCAAACUGGGAUCCAGCUCCCAUGAAAUUGUACCAGCAUGUCGCUCUGCCCAGGCUACAAGCAGGUCGACGCGUUCGGACCAGAUGACGAAUAUGAAGACGAAGAAGAGGUAUCCUACGUCACCCUCGACCUUGGAAGUGUCGAACCGUCUCUGCUUCCCAGUUCAGCAAGCUACCGCCUCAUUGGUCUCGAUACGCCCACUCCCUUUUUGCAGCUCUCUGGUACGGUCCUGAAGGGACAACAUGAAUCUUUGCUGGGAACAGAAUUGCUGUUUGGUGAUGGCAAAGACACAUCUGCCGACAGGAGUAAACGGACUGUAGCAUAUCUUGCAAGUACCAAGCAACGCGUCUGCUUCAAGGAAGUUCGAUUGCAGCCUAAGGGCGAAGGAAAGGAAAAAGACAAAGAGCCGCCGGCUGAAGAAGACAACGGGAGGCACGCGCUGGAUCGAACGACCGGAAAGCAGGCGCCCCCUCCGCGAAAGAAGCGAACCAAGAAGAAAAAGCGGAAGAUGGCGCCGAGGGGGAGGACGCACCAAAGCCAACGAGGAAAAGCGACAGAAAAGGAAAAGGAAAGAAGAAGCAGACUGACAAUGCUUACGAUGACGACGAGGAGAUGAUGUAGCUGGACUUCUGACUAAUUUUU